AUGAACGCCUUGCUCUCGAACGUCUGGUUUCUCGUUGCUGUCAUCUUGCUGCUCGUAACACCUGAAGCAACAACUUCAUGGUGGUAUAUGGGAGCUGUCGGUUCUUCAACUUCUUCUUCCCGAGUGAUGUGCAAUAAUAUUCCAGGACUGGUAGCUCACCAGCGCCAGUUGUGCCAACGUUAUCCAGAAAUUAUGCAUGUUAUUGGUCUAGGGGUGAGCGAGUGGACAGCAGAAUGCCAGCAUCAGUUUCGUCAUCAUCGCUGGAAUUGCAACACUCUAGAAAGGGACCAAAGUCUUUUUGGGAAGUUGGUUUUACGCAGUAGUCGAGAGUCAGCAUUUGUGUAUGCCAUCUCAUCUGCCGGAGUAGUAUUUGCUAUCACAAGAGCCUGCAGCCAAGGAGAACUGAAAUCGUGUUCUUGUGAUCCUAACAAAAAGGGUCCUUCCAAAGACAACAAAGGCAGCUUUGACUGGGGGGGCUGCAGUGAUAACAUUGAUUAUGGCAUCAAGUUUGCCAGAGCGUUUGUGGAUGCAAAGGAGAGGAAAGGAAAAGACGCUCGAGCACUGAUGAACCUUCACAACAACAGGGCAGGAAGGAAGGCAGUCAAGAGGUUCAUGAAACAAGACUGCAAGUGUCAUGGGGUGAGUGGAUCCUGUACCCUAAGGACAUGUUGGCUGGCUAUGGGAGACUUUCGACGAUCCGGGGACUUUCUAUGGAGGAAAUAUAAUGGAGCCAUACAGGUGGUCAUGAAUCAAGAUGGUACUGGCUUUACUGUAGCGAACAAGAAAUUUAACAAACCUACUUCCAAUGACUUGGUAUACUUUGAGAAUUCACCUGAUUACUGCCUGAGAGAUAGAGAUGCUGGUUCAGUGGGAACAGCAGGCAGACUUUGCAACCAGACAUCCCGAGGCAUGGACAGCUGCGAGGUCAUGUGCUGUGGGAGAGGAUACGAUACGGCCCGAGUCACUAAGAUGGCAAAGUGCGAGUGUAAGUUUCACUGGUGCUGUGCCGUACAUUGCAAAGAAUGCCUUGAGACUGUGGACGUGCACACUUGCAAAGCACCAAAGGAUGUACCCUGGAGGGAGAAAACAUGA